AUGAGAGGGAACAGCCGAGAGCUUUUCCGGAGGAAAAUCCCAUUUUCCCCGGAAUUUGGGAAUGGUUCCUGCCCGGAUGGGGGCUGGGAAUUCCUGGGAAUUUUUUUUCCCGGCUGGGCCAUCCCGGAAUUCCGGGAUUUUCCCAGGGUGCAGAUCCGGGAUCGGGAGAUCAAGGUGAACAUCUUCGACAUGGCCGGACACCCCUUCUUCUACGAGGUGCGGAACGAGUUCUACAAGGACACGCAGGGGGUGCUGCUGGUGUACGACGUGGGCUCCAAGGAAUCCUUCGAUUCCCUGGAUUCCUGGCUGGCCGAGAUGCGCCAGGAGCUGGGGCCCCACGCCAGCCUGGACAACGUCGUCGUCGUCGUCUGCGCCAACAAGGUUCCCCUUCCCGACCUUCCCCGCGCGCCUUCCCGCCCCUUCCCCGCGGAAUUAACCCGGAGCUUUCCCAGGG